UGUUUGAUAUACUCGCAGCAGCAUCUGGUCGUGAGGAUCCCAGGGGGACACGUGUUGGGAAUUUCGUGUGUUGGAGGGUACCACCGGCACAGACACGAGGACCCUUUGGGCGUGGUCGGUGCGAUGAUGAGGAAGGCUUGCGUGCGUGCUGCGCUCUUCUUCUUCUUCCUCUUCUUCUUCCCUCUCUCUCCACCACCACCACCACCGUCUCUCUCCACAAUCAAGUUUCCUUCUCCCACUCUCUCUCCCACUCUCUCUCAACCUCUCUCUCUCGGCCUAACACGGCCGACUACCCAGUGCCCCAAAGCAACGUCCAGAACGUGCUUGCUGCACCCCGCGUAGUUUACCUUUUCACACUAGUGCGACGAUAUCACGGUAUCUGCGCGCGGGCGUAGCCUUCCGGGGGUUGGUUGUGCAGUCACGCGCAAUCGGUAGACUCCCAUAGCAACAUAAAUCAUGGAGGGCAUCGACCUCUCCGCCCUUAGCGAACAAGGACUGCAGCAAAAAGUUGAGGAGAUCGUCCAGCAACGAGUCCAAGCCGAACUUGAAGCUAGCAGGACCAACGAGGGUGAAGUCACCUACGACCAACCACCAUCAGCCGGCAACAACCCAGUCCCACCUACCGGCAGCCAGCCAUCACCCUCCAGCCAGGAAUUCUAUCAGGAGAAAAAGCAGUCAGAAAAGUCGAGGUUGGAGCAGGACUGGAAGGAGUUGGAGAUGAGAGAGUCCGAGAGUCCACAGGAUUACAUUGCCCGCUCAGAGGCUUUUCGCCUGCGUCUCGCAUCUGUAGGCACAAUUAAGGAUGAAACAGAUGCGUCCGGCAUGGGCCGGCGCGGCGGGGGAAGUGGGGGGGCAUCCGGGGGUCAUAACGGCGGUCAGGCAGCAGCUGGCAGCCAAAAUCGUGACGGAGAGAAGAAAAGUAGUGACGUGUUCAACGACGACCCCGGCGGAUUUUGCCGCUACCACCAGUCCGAGCUUCACACCAACGAGCAGUGUCGUCUCCAGCAGCAACUGCGGCGCGCGCGUUCGAGAGACGGCGCCGCGGAACGCCGCUCGGGCGGCGGCAGUCGCGGUGGCGGCGGUAGCCAGCGUGGGGGUAGACCGCCGCCGGGGCCAGGCCGCGGUGGCGGCCGAUGGGCGUACGUUGUGUACUACGGCCACGAUGAUGGAGGCUACUACGAAGACUACGGCGACUACGACGACGGCUACUACUACGAAGACGGCUACCACGACGCCGGGUACGCCCACUACGCCGGCGGUGGGGACAGCUACAGCUACUCCUCAGGGUUCACCAACAGCGACUUGCACAUGUACGACUUGCAGGAGAUCCCCUCGAAUAGGCAGCAGUAUGUCAUUGUAGGAGAUGGUCGUCUGCUGAAGGUGGAAGCAAUCGGUAGCAUCAACCUCAUCUUUUUCCAGGAGGGUGAUAACGGUGUGCCAACGACGAUGUAUGUGAAGCUGACUGACGUGUCUGUGGUAGAGAGUCUGAGUUUCAACUUGUUUUCGACGCAUGCUGUUUCCCUUCGGCAACGAAUUAUCCAUGACGAGCGUGGCGUGACCCUGCGUAACGGACUGCUGUUUGCAAGAGAGGAGAAAGCUUCUGCCGCCCAUGCAAUGCGCAUGCCUUACGACCCGUCUGCGAUUGUGGUAGACUCUGCUGCUUUGCCUGCCUUCGUGAAAUCCCCCGAUNGUGUUCCUUCCGCAGGCUCUGCUACCGUAGUACCUUCGAGUGAGAGCGUCCCGCCCACUGGUCCAACCAGUGUAGUACCUGCGAGUGAGAGCGUCCCGCCCGCCGGCUAUGCCGACGUAGUACCUUCUUCGGCUUCCGGUUUUGAGUGUGUGGGUACUUUCCCGGGUAUGGAUCUUGGAGAUACGAGUGUGCUCACCGACGAGCAGCUCAUGGAUGUCUAUGAUGACACCCCAUAUCAAGACUUUUUCCCCGUGGUUAUCCCAGAGAGUGACGCUGCGAAUGUGGCUGGUGUUUUGGAUAGCAUUGACGGAGGUUCUGAUUUUGACUUGGGUGCGGCCGCGCUUGGCCCUGGUGCGUCCCCGUUCACUCUUGGAUCGACCGAAAAGUCCGUUGACAUCAACCGCUUCCACCGCUCCCUUGCCCACGCUUGCGAGCCUCUUUUGAGAGAAACUGCCCAGCAGAGAGGCAUCGUGCUCACCGGCAAGCUGGAACCGUGCACGGACUGCAUGAAGGCGAAGGGCAGGCGAGCGUCGGUGCCGCGGGGGCCGGGAGCGAGGGCGUCCAAGCCUCUCGGGCGUGUUCACCUGGACCUGUGUGGACCGCUGGUACCUUCCCUGGGCGGCAACCUCUACCUGUUCGUCGCCGUGGACAGCGCCUCGCGGUGGAACAAAGUCUACGGUCUCCGGCGGAAGUCCGACGCGCUGGCGGCAACGAAAAAGCUGCUGGCGGACGUGGGGCGGUACUACCUUGGGCGCGUCGAGUGUUUCCGCGUCGAUAACGGCACCGAGUGGACCCGCGGCGACUUCCGGCGCUUCUGCGACGACAACGGCAUCGGCGUCGAGUUCACACCUCCUGGCGUCCCACAGUACAACGGCGUCGUCGAAAGCGCCAUCUGGCGCAUAAUGAAGGUCGGCAUGGCCGCUCGCCGCAGCACUGCCCGAGUGCUCAACGUCGACUUCGCCUCCAUCCCCGGCCUCGACGAGCGCGGUGACCGUCUUUGGAUGGAAUCGGCGAAGUGGGCCGCCGACGCUCUCAACCAGUCGGCGACCAAGGCCAACCCCGGGCGGCGCUCGCCGCACGAGAUGUUCACCGGCGAGCAGGGGCCGUUCCGCGUGCUGCCGUUCUUCCAGCCCGGCUUCAUGCGCGAGGACCGCCGCACCAAGCUCGACGACCAGGCCACGCUCUGUUACUACCUGAACGGCGGCGNAAAAUGGGCCGCCGACGCUCUUGACCAGUCGGCGACCAAGGCCAACCCCGGGCGGCGCUCGCCGCACGAGAUGUUCACCGGCGAGCAGGGGCCGUUCCGCGUGCUGCCGUUCUUCCAGCCCGGCUUCAUGCGCGAGGACCGCCGCACCAAGCUCGACGACCAGGCCACGCUCUGUUACUACCUGAACGGCGGCGACAACCACCCGAGCGGCACCGUCAAGGUCCUCAAGGCGUCCACCGGCCGCGUCGUCUACACCAACAACGUGUCGUGGGUGACGUCGGCGCCAGCCGGCGAGGGGGGUUCCGCUGGACUCGUCUCGAUGCUAGACAAGAAUACUCUGGUGUCGAUGCUGGAGGCUUGGGGCGCGGUGGACGAGGAACGCAGGGAGCUGGGGGGGGCGGAGGCCGGAGAGCUGGGGGGAGCGGGGACCGGAGGGCAGGCGGGAGCACUCGCAGCUGUGGAUCCGGGGGCUGGAGGAGCGGGCUUUCCACUCGCAUUUGCCACGCUCCUCGCCAACCGGGAAGACAUCGACGCCACGCUGCGAGACCAGCGCCCGCCGGAGCAACGCCCUGACCUUCCGCAUUGCCAGGCCAGCGACCUUCGUGUCCCCAAGAGCUACAAAGAGGCCAUGGCGUCGGAGCACCGGCACCUUUGGAGCGACUCUAUGCAAAGGGAGUUUUAUGGCUUGUUGGAAGCGGGGACUUUUACUCCGGCGAAGUAG